AUGACUAGAAGCGGAGGAACAAAAAACGGCGAGAAUAAUGAAGAAGCCAAAGCAUCGGAGGUAGCUUCAUCAUCAUCUACGGUCAUCAAUAAUUAUACUACUACGCAAUCGAUGUUCGAAUGUGAAAAAUUCAAUGCUGGUACUAUGAUAUGGGACCGAUGGAUACAACGAAUCGAAGGUGCAUUCGAGACAUUCAGUGUUCCUACGGACAAACGUACGCAUUAUUUAGUUCACAACGUUGAACUUGAUACGUUUAAUUUACUGGCGGACAAAGUAUCGCCGAAAAGUCCGUAUUCGUUGAAAUAUGAAGACGCAAAAAAGCUCUUAUCAGAUCAUUUCAGUCCAGCACCGUUGGAAAUAGCUGAAAUAUUCAAGUUCAAUCAUCGUGUACAGAAGGAAAAUGAAUCCGUACGUGAUUUCGUUGCAUCGUUACAAAAGUUAUCGAUCCACUGUAAUUUUGGUGAUUAUCAGAAGAAAGCUUUACGUAAUCAGUUGGUAUGUGGUUUACGCGAUGUAAGUACGCAAAAUCGUUUAUUGGAAAUUUCCGAUCUUACCUUCGAUAAAGCAUUAGAAAUAGCUACGUCUAGAGAGACAUGUGCUCAAGGUUCAGCAGCUUUACAUAGCGACGCGAAAAAACCGAUACCUGAUGCCGAAGUGAACGCUCUGCAUACCGAUAAAAAUAAAAAGCGGCAUGUGAAGAAAUUUAACGGUAAAAAGAAGCCUGAUAACGAUUCAACGUCUUCUAAAAAGUGCCAUCGUUGCGCGAAAACCGGUCAUUCUCCUGAUAAAUGUUAUCACAUCAAGGCUGUUUGCAAAGUCUGCCAGAAGAUUGGUCACAUUGACCAAGCUUGUUUCAAGAAAAACAAAAACAAAGCUCACACGUCCGUACUAGAAGCAGUCGAAGAGUUUGCAGACAUGUAUGUAAACGAAUGUAAAUCUUCAAGCGGUCUGCGCAGGAAAAUCUGGGUACAUCCUACGAUCAACGGUGUCGAGUUAAAAAUGGAACUCGAUUGCGCAGCGGCAGUUUCAACGAUAAAUUAUCGAGAAGCGCUCAAAUAUUGGCCGAAAGCUGAAGUAAAAACCAGUCAACUUACCUUGUUAUCGUUCAACGGGCAGCCAUCCAAGGUUCAUGGUGAAAUUAUGGUUCGUGUAAACUUCGAAAAGUGUACCAAAGAGCUCAAGUUGUUUUUGGUGAAAGAAGAGCGACCCCCGUUAUUCGGUCUCGAGUGGAUCUACGUGUUCAAAGUCGAUUGGAAUAAAUACAUUCCAUACGUUGGUGAAAUUUCUGUCUGCGCUCCGAAUUCUCCUCCACCCGAAGUGUUGGAAUUGUUACGUCGAUUCGAGGUACCGUCAAAGAGCGGCAUUGGGAAAAUUUCCGACCUUGAAGCUCGUGUUCAACUUAAAGAAGACGCGCGCCCUGUAUUUUUCAAAGCUCGACCUGUGCCUUUUGCGUUACAAAGCAAGAUUGAUGCGGUAAUCGAUAAAUACAUUUCCGAAGGCAUUUAUAUUCCUGUUACGGCGAGUGAUUGGGCAACUCCGAUAGUUCCUGUGGUCAAAGCAUCAGGCGACGUUCGUAUCUGUGGCGACUACAAAAUAACCGUCAACCCGCAGAUAAUUAUCGAUGCUUACCCUAUGCCAACCUACGAAGAGAUGUUUGCUGAUAUGCAGGGUGACGAGUAUACGAAAAUCGAUAUUUACCAUGCGUAUAUGCAGCUUAUGAUGAACAAAAAAGAUCAAAAAAUACUUACGUUGAAUACUCAUCGAGGACUUUUACAACCGACUCGAAUGAUGUUUGGUCUAGCAUCAGCUGCGUGUACUUGGCAAGCGACGAUGGAGAAAAUUUUAGCCGGUAUUCGACGUAAGAAGAUUUUUCAAGACGAUCUGUAUAUGACUGGUCCAACAAGAGAAGAACAUCUUCAAACUCUACGUGAAGUGCUUGAACGUUUGCAGAAGUACAACUUACGAAUCAACGUGGAGAAAAGCGUAUUCUUCGCCAAGUCAAUCGAAUAUUGCGGUUAUCGUGUCGAUAAAGAAGGUAUUCAUCCGUUGCAAGCUAAAUGCGAAGCUAUCGUUAACAUGAAAAGACCAGAAAAUAAGAAAGACAUCGAAGUGUUUCGUGGUUUAGUAAACUACUACAGUCGUUUUGUUCCUGAGUUCAGCAAUAUUAUGUAUCCGCUGAAUCGUUUAUCUCGUCAAGACGUCGAAUUUGAAUGGUCAUCCGAUUGCGAAGCAGCGUUUGUGAAAAUUAAGCAGAUAUUAUCGUCAGAACGAGUUUUGGUGCAUUUCAACCCUGCUCUCGAUCUCAUUGUGGCAACCGAUGCCUCACCGUUCGCUGUUGCAGCCAUUUUAUCGCACCGAUUCGCUGAUGGUUCCGAGCGCCCUAUCCAAUAUGCGUCGCAGUCGUUAAAUCAAACGCAGCAGAAAUAUGCUCACAUCGAUAAAGAAGCGUACGCAAUCGUUUAUGGAAUUAAGAAGUUCCACCAAUACAUUUAUGGUCGUAAAUUUACGCUCAUCACCGAUUGCGAACCUCUUACGAAGAUAUUUUCACCAGACAAAGGUUUACCUGUUCAUUCGGCAAUGCGCAUGCAACAUUAUGCUAUUUUUCUGCAGUCGUAUACGUACCAGAUUAAAUAUCGCCGAACCAACGCUCAUGCCAACGUCGAUGCGUUAUCCAGACUUCCGUCAUCGCUAGAAACAGCUUCCACCCAAGAACCCGAUGUUGUUCAAAUGAAUGUGUUGGAAGAAAUACCAGUUACGUCAUCGAUCAUCGCUAAAGAGACAGCGACUGAACCGAAGUUGAAAAAGCUGAUGGAAGCGUUGGAGAAAGGUCACGACUUGAAACCUGUCGAUCGUUUUAAUAUCAACAUACUCGAAUUUUCCUUACAAAGAGGGUGUAUUUUUCGUGGCAGUCGUAUCGUUAUUCCCACGUCGUUAAAAGAGCAGAUGCUCAAGAAGUUGCACUCUGUUCAUUUUGGAAUUUCGAAGAUGAAGUCGCUCGCUCGAAGUAUUUGCUGGUGGCCUGGUAUUAGCAACGAUCUCGAAGAUUUGGCCAAAAAGUGCGCCGAAUGUAAAUUGUUCGCGAAUAAUCCAGCGAAAGUCAACGGUCAAACCUGGAAAAGUUCAGAGCAGCCGUUCGAGCGUGUUCACGUCGAUUUCGCCGGACCGUUUCUGAGUCUCAAAUAUUUUGUUCUAGUAGACUCAUUCAGCAAAUGGCCAGAGAUCUCGGUUGUUAAAAAUGAAGAUGCCGCUACGGUCAUCAGAGAAUGUACUGAAAUAUUCUCACGUUUCGGUUAUCCAAGUAUCAUCGUCAGCGAUAAUGGUACAGCGUUCACGUCCGCCGAAUUCCAGAAUUUUCUCAAAGAGAAAGGCAUCGAACAUCGUACGACAGCUCCUUUCCACCCUGCCACAAAUGGGCAAGUUGAACGUUACAAUGCAACGUUCAAGAAGGCGUUAAAGACGUUGAACGCAUCACCUCAAGAUGUUAACGAAAAAUUGAAGCAGUUCUUGAUGUUGUAUCGUCGAACACCCCAUACGACCACAAACAAAUCACCUGCUGAGUUACUGCUAGGUAGGCAGAUUCGUGCUCAGGUUGACAUCGUAUUUCCGCCGAAGAAACCCGAAGCCGAACGUGCCAAGAAGGUCGACGACGAAAAAGUUCGUAAAUUAUCAAUGGGAGACAACGUAAUCGCAAGAGAUUAUUCUUCCCCGAAGACCAAAUGGCAGUUUGGUACUGUGUCUGAAAAGCUGGGAAAGCUUCACUACAACGUCCUUCUCGACGAUGGACGUACAUGGAAAAGACAUAUCGAUCAGUUGAGAAUUCGAUCUCCUGAUCAAACCUCGAAUACGACGCCGAAAACAGUGGGCAAAAAACCCGAUCAAGUUACGAAUCCAAGACCGAAGAGAGUCAUUAAAAGACCUGUUAGGUUAAAUCUUUAA